UUGGGGAAGGCCCCCACCCUCCCUCUGUCCUCUGAAGGAGCCUGAUCUUCACUCCCCUGGUCCCCCAGUAGCCCCAGGUGGCCCCUCCUAGGACCCCGCCUGACAGCACUACAAAUCCUCUCAGCCCCUGGAGGACAACCAGGCCAUGGGGCGGCCCCAGCUGCUGCCCCAGCUGCUGCUGCUGGCGUCUCUGCAGGCUGGCAGCUCAGCCGGAUCCAAUAGACAGUUCCCCUAUGGGGUCGACCAACCAGCGCACCUCUCAGCCCCUGAGGGCGGCUCUGUGGACAUCCCCUUCUCCUUCUACUACCCCUGGGAGUUAGCCAAGGAGCCCAAGGUGGAUAUAGGCUGGAGACUGACACACUUCCACGGGGAGAUCCUUUACAACAGGACGCGGUCUUUCACCCAUCACAAUUACAAGAACCGGAUCGACCUUAACUGGACCAAGGGGUCCAAGAAUGGCUCCCUCAGGAUCAGAAACCUGCGGAAAGAGGACGAGACUACAUACUUCUGCCGGAUCCGACUGGACACACGGACAGAGGGCAGCAAGUUGUGGCAAUCCACCAACGGGACCAAACUGUCCAUCAUCCCCGGUGAGACAACAAGCCAGGGCCCCACCUACACCCCAACAGCCACCACCGCUGACCUCAGGGGUCCGGGGAGCAAAAGGAGCUCAGGGUCUUGGCCCCUGAGUGUGGAAGCUGUGGUCGGGGUGGCACUGGUGAGCGCUCUGCUCAAAAUCCCAAUUUUGGGACUGAUGGUCUACCAAUGGUGGACGAGAAGCAAAGGUAAGUGUCCAGGACCUCCACCCUCUCACCAGGUUUCCAGACUGGGUGACUCUCAGAACCCACCCGCACCAGAAUGUCUGGAGCAGCCCUUUAAAAAUGCAGAUACCCAUGUAGCUUAAGGGCCCAGCCUGGGAAUCUGCAUUUCUAAGGCCUCCUCAAGUGGUGUUUGUGAGUGAUCAAGUUUGAGAACCGCUGCUCCAGCCCAGCCCUUCUCACAGUCCCAUCAUUGUCCAGGGCUAGCCUGUUCACUUACUCAUUUCUCACCAAUCCUCACCUUUGGUUCAU